AUUAUUUUUUUUGUUUGUUUUGGUUUUUGUUUUUUUUAAUCAGAAAUAAUUUUCUUGGUUCAAUACAAAUAGUUCUACAUCAAAAUCUACCAGGGAUGUGGGUACUUUGGGGGGCACAACAGUAAAGUUAUAUAUUUGGCAUUUAAAAUCAGUAUCAUUCAUCAUUCUCAAAAAUUGUAUAUGCACAUGUGUUGCAUGUGCCGAGAAGAUAGCAUUAGAAAGUUCUUUGCAUUUACAUAGUGAUAAAAAAGGAUUUAUAACCUACAACACCUUUAAAAAGACAAACAGAGAAAUCUGACAGCUACAUUUGAGUUGAGUUUAUUUUAACCUUUUUCCAAUCAUAAAUCAUUUUUCCUAAACUAGUUUACACACAAAAAGGUUGUAAGGUUGCAUCGCCAUCUGCUUUCCCUGACUGAAAGCAGAAUUACUGAUGUGGGUUCAAGAAAGAGAGGAGGAGGUGGAUGGGGUACUGAUCAGGUUGCAUAUGCUACAAAUAUCCGUCACUCACUGUUACGUUGCUGGAUCUUCAGUCAUAAGAGCUAACUAGCUGCAGCUGGACUAAAAGUUUCCCUUCAAAGGCUGAACGACAAUUUCUCUGCAGAAAUGAGCCAAGGAACAGCAUUAGACAUUGAGCGCUGUGAUCUGAAUAUUAAGGACAACCACAGCAACCACCACACUGAGCUUUUUGGGGAGGAGCGCUUGAUUGUCAGAAGGGGGCAGCCCUUCAGCAUUGCCUUACACCUGUCACCUAGCAGCAAAGAGUUCAAAGUGGGCAAAACAAACUUCAUGUUCGAUGUUGAAACUGGUCCAUUACCAGGAAGAGAAUCUAACACUAAAGUUACCUUCAGUUCACAGGCAUCCACUGUGAACACAGAGUGGAGCGCUUCAGCUGCUACUGAUGCCUCUGGAAGAACAGUAAUUGUGUCCAUCAGUUCCUCUCCCAAAGCCCCCAUUGGGAUCUAUACUCUGACUUUAGACCAGUUGGGACAGAAGACAAGCUUAGGACAGUUUACUCUGCUUUUCAAUGCCUGGUGUCCUGAUGAUGCAGUCUAUUUGAAGAGUGAGGAAAAGAGGAAGGAGUAUGUUCUAGCACAACAUGGGUUGGUCUACAGAGGAUCACACAAAAGGAUUAAAGGGAAACCCUGGAACUUUGGACAGUUUGAACCAGGAAUUCUGGAUAUCUGUCUGAAGAUUUUGGACGACAAUCCUAAAUUUUUGUCGGAUCCUAAUAAGGACGUUUCUUCCCGGAGUAAUCCAAUCUAUGUCACCAGGGUAUUUAGUGCUAUGAUCAACAGUAAUGACGACCGAGGCGUGUUGGUGGGUCAGUGGGUAGAGUUUUCAAAUGGCAUUCAUCCUGGACUGUGGAUGGGCAGUGGGGAAAUUCUGCGGCAGUGGGCAGAGAGAGGUCCAGUCCGCUACGGCCAGUGCUGGGUCUUUGCUGCUGUAGCAUGCACAGUGUCCCGCGCUCUGGGCAUUCCUUGUCGAGUGGUCACUAACUUCGGAUCAGCUCACGACACUAACGCAAACCUGGUGAUCGAACGCUUGUACGAUGAAAAUGGAGACCGAAUUUCUGGAGAUGAUUCAAUAUGGAACUUCCAUGUAUGGGUGGACAGCUGGAUGACUCGUCCAGACUUGGGGAGCAAGUUUGAUGGGUGGCAAACUAGUGAUCCAACACCCCAGGAGAAAAGUGAUGGUGUUUUCUGCUGUGGCCCAGCUUCACUGUACGCCAUCAAAGAAGGAGAGGUGGGCCUGAAAUAUGACACGCCUUUCAUUUUUGCCGAGGUCAAUGCAGAUGUUGAGGACUUGGUGAAACUGUCCACAGGACAGUUUGUGACGUUCAGUGAAUGCACUAAAUCUGUUGGCCUUUUUAUCAGCACUAAAGCCGUUGGUUCAAAUGAGAGACGUGACAUCACGCACCAGUAUAAAUAUCCAGAAGGCUCAAAAGAGGAGCGGGAGGUGUAUGAGAGGGCCCACCAUCGCAACGUGCUGCUGCAGAGAGGAGAGAAACUUGGGCUUCAUCUUAAGAUAAAACUGGCUGAAAACAUGAUUGUGGGCUCCAGCUUUGAGGUGUAUGCUCGACUAACGAACAACUGCAUGGACACAAAGACCUGCAAACUCAUUUUCUAUGCCAGAGCGGUCAGCUACAAUGGAAAACUCGGGGAGCUUUGUGGAUUUUCGUCGGACCACUUGGAGGUGCCCUCUGGACAAGAGAGACGUCUUUCUCUGAAACUGGAGUACCAGCGGUAUAAAACGGUGAUCACCUCUGACCUGCUGAUCCAGGUGUCGGCCAUCACCAUCAACAAGGAGACUGUCGAUUUCCAGAAGGCUGAAAAAACAAUUGUGCUGGACGAGCCAGACAUCGGGAUCAAGCUGGUGGGUGAAGCCAGAGUGAACCAGCCUGUGACUGUAAAGCUGACCUUGUUGAACUCUUUACCUGAGCCGCUGCUCAACUGCAGCUUCGCCAUAGACGGCAUCGGACUCACAGGCGGCAAACCCAUAACAGCAAUGGUUGGAACUGUGGGAGCAAAUGAACAAGCGAAGGCCAGCGUUGUGUUUAAGCCCACCGUCGCUGGCUCCAGUGUGCUUCUGGUGAACUUUGACAGUGACAAACUGAAGAACAUCAAGAACGUCAUUGACGUUGUUGUGAAGGAAUGAAUUAAACCUCAAUUCUUGGCACAUUUAGUCUUUUUUUGUUAUUGUCCAACAGAAAUAUGAGCCUGCAAAGCACUGGAGUUUUUUGUUUUUUUAUAUUCAGAGAAUCCUUGGAUAAUUUCUCUCAUAGUUUUGUUGCCACACCACAGCAUUGAUAAUA